UCAGGCUUGAGUAACAAACAGAUUGGUGCACGUACUUUAAUCCAUGUGUGGAAACAUUAGAAUAUCCAAGGUGUGGUUCAUGGUGUUACUAACUCUCUCUAUACCCCUGAGUCCCACUUGUCGAGGCAGUGUGAAGACAGAGAAAUCGAGUUGUUCCGAAGAGUGCUCCCAUACUGCGGCGAAAUGUGAAACAGAUUGCGGGCCAAGUUAUCCAGUCAUGAAUUCUGAAUGUGUUUCUGGAUGCCGCAUCGCAGGCCUGUUUUGUGAAGAUCGAUGUCAACUGAAGAAGGAAUCUUGAGCAUUCUACGUCAGGGUGUUGAACAAAGCCCUCGCAAUCGAAGCCUUCAUAAACAAUUUCUG